UAGAGUCUCGGAGACAAGCUUCUCUAACGAGCCAAAACAGGAACAGGGCUGGAAAAUCACCGUGUGAGGGCGAGCGGACCUCCCUCGCUGCCUCUUCCCCACUCCCGGCUUAGGUCCCCUGGGCUUCGCACUGUUGUUUCCAGCGCUAGGAAAAGCCCCUGUCCCUUCAGAUCGAGGCAAGUGAACCAAGCCAGAGGGUUUCCGUUCAGCACCUCGGACAGAAUACGCAACAAAAAAUGGCUCCGAUCUCUACCAGCCGGGAAGAAUUUGAUGAAAUCCCCACAGUGGUGGGGAUCUUCAGUGCAUUUGGCCUGGUCUUCACCGUCUCUCUGUUUGCAUGGAUAUGCUGUCAGAGAAAGUCAUCCAAGCCUAGCAAGACUCCUCCAUAUAAGUUUGUGCAUGUGCUAAAGGGAGUUGACAUUUACCCUGAAAGCCUGAACAGCAAGAAGAAGUUUGGAGCCGAUGAGAAAAAUGAAGUAAAGAAUAAAUCAGCUGUGCCAAAGAAUUCAUUGCAUCUUGAUCUUGAGAAGAGAGAUCUAAAUGGCAAUUUUCCCAAAACAAAUCUCAAAGCUGGCAGUCCUUCUGACCUGGAGAGCGUGACCCCAAAACUCUCUUCAGAAGGGGGACAAGAGGUAGUUUCCCCCGAUAGCUUAAAGUCCAGCACUACUCUUACUUCUGAUGAGAAACAGGAGAAGCUGGGAACCCUCUUCUUCUCCUUAGAGUACAACUUUGAGAGGAAAGCGUUUGUGGUAAAUAUUAAGGAAGCCCGUGGUUUGCCGGCCAUGGAUGACCAGUCAAUGACCUCUGACCCAUACAUCAAGAUGAUGAUUCUUCCAGAGAAGAAGCAUAAAGUAAAAACAAGAGUUCUGAGAAAGACCUUGGACCCAGCUUUCGAUGAGACCUUCACAUUCUAUGGAAUACCCUACACCCAGAUCCAGGAGCUGGCCUUGCACUUCACAGUCUUGAGUUUUGACAGGUUUUCAAGAGAUGAUGUCAUUGGAGAAGUCCUGAUUCCUCUGGCAGGAAUUGAAUUAACUGGUGGAGAAAUGUUAAUGAACAGAGAGAUUACCAAGAGAAAUGUUAGGAAAUCUUCAGGACGGGGUGAGUUAUUGAUCUCUCUCUGCUAUCAGUCCACCACAAAUACUCUUACUGUGGUUGUUUUAAAAGCUCGGCACCUGCCUAAAUCUGAUGUGUCUGGACUUUCAGAUCCCUAUGUCAAAGUGAACCUGUACCAUGCCAAAAAGAGAAUCUCUAAAAAGAAGACGCAUGUGAAGAAAUGCACCCCCAAUGCAGUGUUCAAUGAACUCUUUGUCUUUGACAUUCCUUGUGAGGGUCUAGAAGACAUAAGUGUUGAAUUUCUGGUUUUGGAUUCUGAAAGGGGAUCCCGAAAUGAGGUGAUUGGGCGGUUGGUCCUGGGAGCAGCAGCAGAAGGGGCCAGUGGAGAGCACUGGAAAGAGAUCUGUGACUAUCCCAGGAGGCAAAUCGCCAAGUGGCACGCGCUCUGUGAUGGUUAGCACCCGAGCUGUAAUGAAUUGGAACUUAACCAUUUUUACUAGGCAAGGAGAAAUUUUCCUUUUUUUCCCUGACACGUGAGUGCAAACUUUUUGUUGCUGUUGUUAGAAAUGGAUUGAAUUAACAGAAAGUAACUGUAAAUGUGUAUCAUGAUCAUUUCCUCUUUGUUAGAAAAUCUGGAUAAAUUUUCAUAAGAUAUUCAAUUUCCCCUGCAGGUUACUUGAGCAUUUUAGGAAUACUGCUCUGUAGUCUCAAAUUAUGGAUGUGGUGAUGAGCUCAUUGAAACACGUCACUAAAAAUCAAUGUGAUUAUUAGGAUUUAGAAAUUAAAAGCAUGCUUUCUCUUAUGAAAAUUCACCCAUUGUUCAUCAAGUGGAGAAAUAAAUUUUUCUUUAAACCCAAAGAUAUUAAACAAAUGUUCUAGAUUGCUUUAUUAAUUAUUGAUAUGUCAUUUACAAAUAGUUUUCCUGAUUAUAAAAGUAUAUGAUUAUUGUUCUUUGGUUUGUAAUAAUUUGAUACAACUUUAUCAUAAGAGAGGUAACAGGUUUGUUGGGGAAAAAAAAAAAAAGCAGUAAACAAAAUGAGAUGAGAAAUCAUUUUAUUAAAGGGCUGAGUUGAGGACACUGUAGCCAAAAUAUGAUUUCCUCCCUCUGUGAUUACAUGUGAGUCAAAUGUAAAAUAUAGUCUCACACAAGACCCAUGGCCUUGCAUUAUUCUCUGCUUGUGACAAGACUCAAUGUGGCCUAAAAAAGCCCUAUAUAUUUUUGUGAAGUUGUUGAGUUGGCUAAUGAGUAAAGAAAUAAACUUCAGCUAGAAAUCCAGUUAGAAAUGCAAUUUUCCUAGAGGAAAUAUGUAUAGUUUAUAAGUGUACAUUCAAGUGUAUCCCUUGAACAUAGAGAGGUCAUGGGUGACCAAGGCUUCAUUUGCUUGUUCUCUCCCAGAGAGGACUAAGUCAUUAUUUGAAAAGAAAUGAAGACAAAAAGUCAUAAAGUUUCAGUCAUUGCUAGAUAGAAAAUUUUACUUUAACCAACAAAUUAUAGAAAACAGUCAUAUGGCAAGCCUAAUAUACUUUACAUAUGUUCACACAUAACAUAUUUAUGCUGCCAAAUUAACACAGUAGACUAUGUUUCACUAUCUUUUCUAGGCUAAUUUGUCUUGAGCUCUUGUCUGUGGACCAGUUUAUAAACUUGUAUCUUGUACUGCUUUCCAGUGCCAGGGCUCUGUGAUUACUUGGAGAGAAUUUACUUGAGGUAAUAUCACUGUAUUUGAGUGUUUAGAAAGCAAGAGUGAAACUCAGGUACAGUUGAAUUUUAAAUAUGCAAGUUAGAAAUGAAGUCUACUGAAAACUCUACAUUUUGAGUCAGGUUUUGCGUCAGCGCUCCAGCAGUUUUUGAGAAUGUGUUUGACAUCACAGUGCUUGUAAAAUCUAUGACAAUACAUUUUCCAAACAACCUAUACAUACUUUUUAUGAUUAUGCUGAAAGUAGGAAAUGUUUUACACUCUGUAUACAAAAAGUGAAAUCAACCUCUCUUUUGAGCUUUAAGAUGAUUCUGGAAUUAAAUGAGAUUAUUCUCCAAUCAUUGUUUUCAUGCCAUCACAAAGUCACGUCAUAGCAUCUUGGUCCACUCAACAUUUCUGUGAAAUAAAUUGUAGUCAGUAUAUGGUUUGGGUAAAUCAUAUGGCCUUUUUAUGUUUGUAUAUUUGAUAUCAUGAGCCAAGAAAUAGAAUAUAUUUUGAAGCCCUGAAACAUUAAAAAAAGUAAACCCUAAGUAUCCUUCACAGUUGCCAGAAGUUAAUGAUGGUACCAAGAGAAGUAUGGUGAUUGGAGGAGGGACAAUAAAGCCAACAGCAGAUAAUUACAAGAUGACAGUAACGAAUUUGUAAAUAGUUUUUAGUUUUUUUUUUUUAAUUAAAGUGUUUUUCAUUGUGAAAAGUCGAGUAAAACUAUUUGCAAUUAUUGUUAAGUAAAAAAAAGAAGAAAAACUAGAACAGGACUGAAGUAGGCAGAGGCACAGUGAUCGCAUUAUCUUCUGAAAAUCCUGUUUUAUAUGGUAUUACAAUAUCAGUGUGAUCUUGAAUUCUGUUACAAAUUCUGCACUGUAUUAAACAUAUAAAUUAAUUGUUUGUCUUAUUAGCCAAUCUAACCACUCUAGUGGGGAGAUGUCCAUGUUUGAAGAACUGUGUAACUUAGUAACUGAUUUGUUCUGAUGUUGUAACUUAAUAGAAGUGGUUUGGAAGGAAGCAUGGUGUAUGAGAUGGUGUCUAUUCUUUUGUGCCAGCUCUGUAUGAUGUUUGUAAGAUCAUGUUUAUAAAACAUGAAUAAAUGGCUGCUUUUGCCCAACGCAUUUCAACUCAAA